AUGCUUGUUCAGAAGCAGAACCGCAAGCUCAUCUACGAGACUCUUUUCAAGGACGGUGCUCUUGUUGCUCCCAAGGACUUCAACUUGGCCAAGCACCCCGAAAUUGACGUUCCCAACCUUGAAGUCAUCAAGAUUAUGCAAUCCUUGACCUCCAAGGGCCUUGUCAAGACCCAGUUCUCGUGGCAGUGGUACUACUAUACUCUCACCAACGAGGGUAUUGAUUAUCUUCGUGAAUACCUUCACUUGCCCCAAGAGAUUGUUCCCGCUACUUUGAAGAAGACUGCUCGUCCUGCUGCUCCCCGUCGUGCUUUCGGUGGUGAAGGUCGUGAAGGUGGUCGUCGUGAUCGUGAUGACUACCGCCGCAAGGAAGGUGCCUCUGGUGACUUCAAGCCUGAAUUCCGUGGUGGUUUCGGCCGUGGCCGUCGCGAGUAA